CCGUCGAAAUGUAUACCUGAAAAUACAGCAACAGAAACCACAAUGAACAAUCACAACAUAAAAAUAUCGAAUUUCUCGAACGCCGAAACCGUCACCUACCCCAUAAUCAAGCUAACCGGCAGCGUCCAAUUCGACGCGAACAUCUUCUGCGGCAUAUCCAAGGACAAGCGCGUCAUACUGCACCAAAACGACCAGAACACUUCCACGUCCAGCGAUCUCGUCGACAACAACUUCAAGUUCCUGGUGCAGCUGAGCAACGGCAAGAACCUCAUCACCGUGCAGUAUUGCUGCGAGAGCGUCUCCGUGGUGUUGGAGUACUUUCCAGUUGUAUCGGAAAACUCUGUGAUACCGCUGUAUGUGAUAUGCGAGGACCACGACGGGUGUUUCCAGGCUCCUGCGUGGGAAUCGAACACCGUGGAGAGCGCCUGCAGGAGGAUAUCGCUCGCUUCGAAGCUCCUCCAGUGCGUGACGGCUGAGAAAUUGUAUGAGCACGGUUUGGGGAGGAAAACGUUCGGCUUAGACGGGGAUUGUCGGGUGUUUAGAAGCUCUACCAGCACCCAGCAGGCGAGGAAUAUGGGCCAAAUGGAGUUGUGGGAAAGUGUGGGUCGAGAAAUCAUGAAAUCGUCGUUCGCGUCCGAAUGUAAGAAGUAUUUAGCGUUCUUGUCUUGCACUAAAUACCGCGAGGAUAAGUACGAUGAAGAUAUCAUCAAAACCCAUGAUGAUCUUAUUAGUAUAACUGAUGGUUAUGUGGCUUUAGGAGGAGGCGGUUUGGCUCUAUUCGGUACCGCUUGUUUGUACACUUGGCCCGAGAACUUCGAUGAUAUUAUAGCGAAAUUCGAAGACACAACUCCAGUAAACCGAAACCAAUUCCUAGACGACAGCUGUUACAGGGGGACAUUAGGGGGUUGUUUCUCCACCACAUUGGGCUCAGUUCUUCACGAGCUCUUCCACACUUUCGAUCUCGGACACACCGAAGAUGGCAUAAUGGGCAGGGGCUUCGAUAACAUCUACAAAGUGUUCACUUUGUCGAACAAAUCCGGGGACAAUCCGAGCGCUUUUCCGGUGAAAAUCGAAUUCAAAGAGGAGUUCGAAGCCGACAGUUUGGUGGAGAGGCUGAAAACCGAGAACAAAAAGAAGGAGUUUACCGUUAUUAGGAAAUUCGAAGACGUUGACGAUACGGUGUUGAGCAGGAGUUGCGCGGUUAUUCUCUGCUAUCAUAAAUGGUUCAACCAGACGCCCAAACAAUCGUCACUUCUAUCGUUCGAUCCAUCGAACAAACUAAUAAAAUCUACAUCGGGAAUCAGGGUGGUGGAAGUGAGAAGCAUCGAUAGGGAGUUGGUGUUGAACAGUUGGGUGUUCGACGGGCGCAUUUUGAAGUUCUCCUUUCAACUUCCGCGAAUCGAAGUGGCCGAUGAAAAUUGCCUGAUCUUCGUCGAGGAUACGGUCGGGUGCAUCUUGAAAGAAAAAUUCAAAACCGACCGGUUUUAGAUGUGAUACGUCAGUUGUCAAUGUCGCGCGUGCCAAAAAUAUCUUCUGUUUGUAAGGGAAAAUAAAGAUAAUUCAUGAGUUAAGACGGUCGUUUGGUUUACUAUAUCAGUUACUGGUUCUUGCACCAAUUUGUUUUGCACCACUUAUAUACAGGGU